GCUAGAUGGCAGUAAUGUGUCAAGUUUCCGACGAGUGGAAGCCGCGCGAGACCUGGAAGGUCGAGAAGAAGAGAAAGAGGGAGGUGGAGCGCUGUCAUGGCGGCCAAGGUGGCGAUGGUGGCCGUCCCAACGGUACUGGGAAUCGCUUCCAUUCGCGUGUACAGGACAAAUGAGGAGCCUGUGGAUGGGCUGGUGCCUCGAUCAAAGCUGAACAUCUACACCCCGCUGCCAGACUCAGCCCAAGCUACAUUUGUUCCAGAGAGUCCAGGAGUGAUUGAGAGAGGCGUCAGCGUAACCAGACAGAGCAUCGUGCCGCUGGUCCAGGCUGUGAAGGAUGCCUGUGUGUAUGUGAAAAAAGGAAGCGUUAAUAUCUACCAUGGAGGAGAAGAUGUGUACUACUACUUGAUAGAGCCUCCUCCGGAGUUUCUACCCAGGUUUGGUACCAUCACCAUGGCUGGUCUGCUAGGCAUGUUCCUGGCUCGGAAAGGCUCGCGUUUUAAGAGGUUAGCUGUUCCUCUGGGCUUGAUGAGUGCAGCAGCGUCUGUGUGCUACCCCGCUCAGGCCGUGGCUGCGCUUAAGGUGACGGGAAAAAAGGUGUAUGCCGCGGGGCGGUGGAGCGGCGCCGUCGCAUCUUCGCUGCUCGCCUCCAAGAAGCCCGUUUCCACAGAGAUCCUGGCUUCGCAGCCACAGGCAGCUACAGAACCAAACCCGGAGUCGGCCCAGGAUGCUUCACUCCAGAGCCCUGUCAUCACAGAGUCAGAUAUGUCUGCUCCUGCCUCUUAUGAGCCCGUCGUUGCCGUCACAACAGAGGAGGAUUCAUCAGGAACGCUUACAGAAAUAUCUACCCAUCAGCCCCCAACAGAGCCCAGCUCAGGUCUUCCUCCCUGUGCAGGCUCGUUUGGGGAUUCUUUGCCUGGAGAGACGCUCAUCUCUCCUCCGUCUGAUGAAUCGGCAUCUCCUGCGAGAAGCGAGGAGGAGCUGAAUGAAAAACAAGCUUUUGACGAUGAUUCGGCUGAGUCUACAGCUUACACACAAACUGAGGCAACGGAGGAGGUUCCAGUUGAGUCUUCCUCGGAAAUCUCUGCAGAUGUUGAGUCCAGACCUCCUCCGUCAGGAACGUCAGAUCCAGAAACUUCGGAUGCGCCAUCAGAUCCUGCUGGUGAUUCAACCGAGCCUGUAAUCGAGUCAGAGCCGCAGCAGUCAUCCACUCAACAGCCGGCCACAGAAAGCAGCAAAGAGGGCUCUGGUUUCAAGCCAGACCCGGCUCUCAUGGACUUCGGCCAGUCCAGCCCUGAAGAUGAAGACCUGUACAGCACGCGCAGCUGAGGAGCCAACCCCCGUCUGGCUGCUGAACACUAGGACUCCUAUACUUCUCUGUUAUCUGUCCAUCUGCAUUUCUGCAGGAAGCAUCCACAUGUUUUUGCAUUGCAGCAGCAGCAGCAAAGCGUCUGUGUUCUAACAGGAAGGAAAUGUUAAAAAUAAACACCUGCACACGUCAGAAAUCACUGAUUGUUUAACUGUCAGUUUGUGUCACUGAUAGUAUGUGUUUUUAGGCUUUUUUUGGAAGUACGUCACUAAGUAACGAAUUUAAGAUCAACAGAAAAUUCUGCAAAAGUGCUCAUAAAGUCAGAGAGAUGGAUUAGUGCUGCUGCUUUUUGUUAUGGAUGUAAUUAUCUUCCACAGUAAUCUAAGAAGCUACAAAUAUAUCUGUAUUUUAGUUGACUUUA